GUGUGAUUGAGCGCAGUGGGCCAUGUUGUUCCCAUAAUGAGCGUCUGUUUUGCCAGGGGCCUGUUAUGAAAGGGCCUUUUAGCAGAGGCCAGUUCCCUGCACCCGUCUGUUCUCUCUUCAGGAAAACCCUCCACCAGAGGUACUCCUGCCAAGCCUUGGUUUGGUAGUCUAGGCCUCAUGAGGUAACUCUGGCCCCCUUUCUGUGCUAUAGCACAGGGCCAAACUUAAUACUGUAAUGUCUUUGAAUGGUACUGCUUAGUCGUGGAAUGAAGAUAUCGACUUAUUGCGAGAGCUAUAAAGUUGAUAAAACUCGUAGAGGGGAUCAAAUCAGAGGUUUAAAACGUCAAUGAGACUAGCUUUAGUCAAAUACCACACCUUAAUGAUCCAUAUGUAGCACUGUAAUGACUCUGUUAGACUGUUUACAACGGUGUUGUAAAGUGUAUCAUGAUAUUUAUCGAUAUUGUGUUAGGUUCCCCAUGAAUAUACAUAUGAUACAUUUUUCUAUAUUGUCCAGCCCUACUGUAAAAUUAUAUCUAAUACAUUAAUAAUUAAGUCGUCAUCACAAAUGACCUGUGAAUUGAAACUUAUGGUACUACAAGUAACCUUUGGUUGUCAGCCUUCAAUGACCAAGCCAGGGGUUUUGCACCUGUCAAUGUUUCACAUGGCCAGAUAAGACUCUGUUUGUAUUUCCUGCUUUACCUGCCGCCACUCCCAUCACCUUUCUCUGUAUGCUAAACAAAGCACUCCUCAAGUUCCACGUUGACACUAACGCUGUGGGGACCAAACCUCUGAAACGUUCCUGUCUAGAAGUGAGGCUCAGCUUAGUAAUAGAGACGAUAGAGACAUAGAGACAACCUAGUAAAGAGUUGUUGGAACAUUAUUCGACCCAAGGUAGAUCUGCCAUGUCGAAGGGCCUCCCACGUCCCCCAUGUCUGCUUCCACAGCCUUCUCCCUACUAGUUCAGGAUGAGCCCAUGAACCCCCUCCGCAUCUCUGUCGGAGGCCUCCCCAUGUUGGCGUCCAUGGCCAACCCCACCGACCCCCGCUUCCGCCUCAAGUGGCGUCCCAUCGUGACGGCGGCGGCGGCACUGGCCGUGCUGCUCCUGGUCUUCCUGCAGCUCAGCCCCUCGCGCGCGGGCGGCGCCCGGAGCCGGGCCGCGACCCCGGACCCCGAGGGGCGCUACAACGACACCUACCCGCUCAGCGCGCCCCAGAGGACCGCCCACGGCACGCGCUACCGCAUCGCCGUCAUCGCCGACCUGGACACGGCCUCCCGCAGCGCCGGCAAGGAGCUGACGUGGUUCAGCUACCUGCUGCGCGGCCACCUGUCGGUGUCCCAGAGCGGGGACAAGGUGGAGGUGGAGUGGGACGCGGAGCCGGUGGUGCUGGAGAGCCACCUGGCGGAGAAGGGGCGGGGCAUGGAGCUGUCGGAGCUGGUGGCGUUCAACGGGAAGCUGUACAGUGUGGACGACCGCACGGGGAUCGUCUACCACAUCGACGGCAACAAGGCCGUGCCCUGGGUCAUCCUGCCGGACGGCGACGGCAGCGUGGCCAAAGGUUUUAAGGCGGAGUGGCUGGCCGUGAAGGAGGAGCGUCUGUACGUCGGCGGUCUGGGCAAAGAGUGGACCACCACGGCGGGGGAGUUUGUCAACCACAACCCGGAGUGGGUGAAGGUGGUGGGCUACAGAGGGGACGUCCGCCAUGAAAACUGGGUCCCCAAGUACGAGUUCCUGAGGGCAGCGGCCGGCAUCAGCCCCCCCGGCUAUCUCAUCCACGAGUCGGCGGCGUGGAGCGACACCCUGCAGCGCUGGUUCUUCCUGCCGCGCCGGGCCAGCUCGGAGCGCUACGAGGAGGCGGCCGACGAGCGCCGCGCCACCAACCUGGUGCUCAGCUGCUCGCCCGGGUUCGAGCGCGUGGUGGUCAGCCGCGCCGGCCCCCUCAGCCCCACCCACGGCUUCUCCUCCUUCAAGUUCGUCCCCGACACCGACGACCAGCUCGUCCUGGCCCUCAAGUCGGAGGAGGUUGGGGGAACGGUCGCCACCUACAUCCUGGCGUUCACGCUGGACGGACGCAUCCUCCUUCCCGAGACCAGGAUCGGAGCAGUGAAGUACGAAGGCCUGGAGUUCAUCUGAGGGGCGGCAGAGCCCCUGGUGAGCGGGGACCGCGGGGUCGUUGGUUCGGGAGGCUCUUGGUUCUUUACUCGGUUCAGCGUUAAAGGCUCCCGCUCCCAACGGUCCUAACACGAACCUUAGCGUGAGAGUGAGAGCGGUGUUGAGAACGGGCUUGAAGAGGUCACAAGAACAAGUGCCCAAACGACCCCUUCUCCGUGGCCAAACGGGGAACCUCCAAGUGCGGUCGCCUUUUUUCUAUUUUUUUUUUAGAAUGAAUGUAUGAAUAUUUCCUUGUAAAGAAUGUGAUGCUAGUUGUGUUGAGAAUAAAAGCUGUUUUAACAUGC